UUUCUCUCUGUUCAACAGUCUUCCUUAUCCUCCAUCUCUUUGGGUUGAGUGUUCUUCCUUGAUCCCCAAGCUACCAUACACCUUACCCUUCCAGUUCAAUCCGCAGCCAUGGAAGCCGGUGGUCAGAGAUACUCUGUUCUUGUGAAAAGCGAAGUUCGUGAGCAGAUGGUGAAGGAAAUCGAUCAGAUCUCGGAGGUCUUCUCGGUGUCAAAGUCGGAUGCAACCGUAAUCCUAACCCGUCUCCGAUGGAACUCGUUUAAGGCCUCAGAUCGUCUUGGUGACAACAAGGAGAAGUUUCUGGCGGAGUUAGGGCUGGUUCGUGUUGUCGAUUCCAACUCUUCUUCUGCAGAUCGUGAGAAGGCGACCCUUUCCGAUGGUACCAAUGGAGAUUACUUUGUCUCCACACCCUUUUGCUCACACAAGUUUUCAAAGACUUGCUGGAGUGAAUAUCUCACCGAUGCUCUGGAGAAGAACAAGGAGGAGGGAGGACUCAUCAUCUCUUGCCUGAACCAAGACUGUGUCGCCCCCGUUGGACCUGAUACCAUCGGAAAACUCAGUGAGCCAGUGAAGGAUAUGUACGAGGGAUAUCUUAUGAAAUCCUUCGUGGAGGGCCAUAAGGCAACGAUCAAAUGGUGUCCUGAAUCGGGUUGUCAAUACGCCAUAGUGCUUCAGGAGGAUACUGAAGUUGAUUUCGGUGUGGUCUGUUUGUGUGGCCACACCUUCUGUUGGACAUGCGGGCUUGAGUCACACCGCCCGGUGACCUGCAAGAAAGCAUCAAUUUGGUGCAAGUACCUGUUGGAUCAUUCAAGGAGCGUUGCUUGGAUCAAUAGCAACACCAACCCGUGUCCCAACUGCAGCAGUCCUGUGCAGCAGAAUGGUGAUCCUGCUUACAGGCUAAUCGAAUGUAUCUGCGAGCAUAAGUUCUGUUGGGUCUGCUUACGCACGGAGGAAGAGCAUAACGGGAUGUGGAAUUGUGCUCCAGUCGCUGAUCCAGUGGCGAAUUCUUCUCCGAGUGAACUCACUCAGAUUCUCCACCUGCAACUCUGGGAGGCAGACCAGAAAGCAUUGGAGGAAGCUAAAUCCAAACGGAAAGACCUUGAGGAAAACAUCAUUCCGAAAAUAGUGGAGAUAUGCGGACUAAGCGAGCAGGACCUUAAGACAGUAAGAGAAGCAGGGAUGCUAAUUGUUCAGUGCAUCCAGGUACUGAAAUGGAGUCGUGUGUUUGACUACUUCAUAAACGAGUACGAAAGCACGAAGAAGCAGUACCUGAAACACCUACGAGAUCAAGCGAGCGCAAUGCUUCGGAUGCACGGAUGGAAUCUUGGUAAGGUUUUAGAGGAAUCCCUCGUAAGAAGAAAUGUAUAUUGCUCAAAGCACAUGUUGGAAACCAGUACAACAACCACUGGUAAUCACUUUGAUGGAUUCGUCAAGGAGCUGGAAGAUGGAAUGCCACAAGUGAAGACUGAAGCAUAUGAGGAUGGACCUGGACCGAGCAUUCACUGGCUCUGCCGUAGGUGCACGUUCGAGAACAGCUAUGUUGAUAAACAUUGCAAGAUGUGCGCUUUCCCGCUGGUCUCUCCUGCGCCUCCUCCUCCUCCUGAAGACCUUGGAAAAAUGGAGUGAGAGCGAAUGAUGAGUAAAAGACAUGUCUCAUCAAAGUGAUUGGUGCUGGUUUCGUUCUAUGUCGUAGCUUCUCUUGUGUUGAUUUGGGUUUAAGAGUCUCCUUUGUUUGUCCCCCGUGUGUUGGAUCAUCAUCCAUCAUAUUGGUUUAAGAGUCUUGUUGCAUUUGUCUUUUCAAGUCUUUUGUUUUUUUCUUUUUGUCGCUGUCUAAAGUUUCAAGUCAUAUUGUUUGUUUUGAGUCUA